AUGACCAUUGAUAAGCUACGAACGAUCACCCGUCUGGCGACGUCGAAUGGGGUUCCCCUGGUGUCUCUGUGGCAGUCUGGCGGAGCUUUGAGGGAGUCACUGGAGGGAGAUCCACCCAAGCUCACCAGGAAUGCUGUCAAGACCGCCAUCGAGACACUGCGACAAGAACUCCUCCGCCGCAACCCACUCUCUGCCACGCCACCAAUAGCCACUACCACCAACGAUAGUCCUCAGUUUCCACCAGCCGGCCCUGCGAGUGCAUCCAGUGAGGUCUCGUCAGUGGAUCUGCCUGACCCUGAUGGAGGGAUCCUGGAUAGCGACGACGACAGCUACGCCGUUCCCGAACCGACCGGAAUCGCAAGCUCAGCAAAGACGCUUUCGACCAAGAUCCUUAACCAGCUCCAGUCUGAAGAAUGCCUCACGGACGACGUCCUCUACUUCCUUUCGGCCGUCGUCUUUGCCAGACAUCGUGGCCUGCACCCGCCCGACGCCCAAGUCUACCUCAAGGACCCGCUCUGGUUCGACGUCGACGCGCCGCCAUCACUACCACGAUGCCUCUUCCAAGAUGAACGCCCCAAGGAUGCGACAAUCUACAUGCCUGCACUUGUCGACAAGAACCACUGGGUUCUCGUCCGUAUCGUCGUCAAGGCAGGAGAUGCAACAGCCACCAUAUACGACUCCCUUCCAUCGCCGGCACGAGCCAAGCGCCUGACUGCUGGAGUGACGCGGUGGUUCCAGGGCAUAUCGCCCUCAUUGCGCGUCGCUGUCUUGUUUCAGAUUUGCGCGCGACAGCUUGACACCGUUAGCUGUGGCAUCUUCGUCAUCGCCAACUUUGAUCAAAUUCUGCAAGGCCAGUCUCCGAGCCUGCAAAUCGAGCCACGAGCCGAGCGCGCAAGGCUCCUAGAAAUGAUGUGUGUUAUCGAGACACCGCUUCUCGACCUCGACGAUGAGCAACUUCAAGCUGUCUCGGAGGUCCAGGCCAUUUUGUGUCCUCCAACCACGCCUUCGGUGCAAGCAGGCCCCAAAGAUGCAGUGCUGACAGCGCCUAUUGGACCCAUCCAUUCAGUUUCUGACAAGGACAUCAAGAUCAGCACACCAACCUCCAGCCCGACCACUUCGCCUACAAAACGCCACACUCCCAACACGGCUGACUUGAUGUCUUUGGCCUCGCAACUAGUCCAGUCCAUCACGGACAGAACGCGGGACCGGAAAGUAGAGAAAGUAGGCGCUGCAACCUGUCAUCUCAACGACGCGAACACUACACUCUCAAAGGCGGAGGCAGUCCUGAAAGAGGCCCAGGAUGCACUCGAGCAAGGCAAGGCCAUUGAGUCCAGCAGCUCCGACAACCGCGCAGCCUUCCAGCACUGGCUCAGCCAGGCUCCAAUCGAUACCACUGGUGGGCCCUUUGGGUUUGCAAUCCAGGGAGCCACCCAGAGUGCUCGGGCUUUCCUAGCUCAGUACCUGUCGACAGUUCGGGAGUCGAUGGUUCAACUGGUGGACAAUGCUGCCGAUGCUGUUCGGCAGGUUGAUGAGUCUAAAGCUAUCGUGGAGGCUCGCCAGCAAGAGUUGAAAUUGGCCAUGGAAGACAAGGGCUCACAUGAGAGUGACUUGCAACAGUUAGGAUCUUUGCUUGGGAGGCUGCUGGAGUAA